GUCUUUCCUUCUUUUUCUUUUGGUUUCCAUUACCAUUUGACAUGUUGAAACAUUUUGCAAGAUCCUCUCUUCCUCAUUUGACAACAGCAGCUAGACGUCAAUCAAAGCGUCAGUUGAAACAUUUUCAACAAACUUUGAAAACACCUUUGAUACAACGUAUUACUGUCCCUGCCUCUGGAGUUGGUCAAAAGUAUAUGUGGCAACAAGUGGCAAGUUAUUCUACCGAUACUGAAACAACAAAUGAACCAACUGAUCAAGAAAUUAUUACUGGAAAAGAAGAAGUUCAUGAAUUUAAGACUGAAACCAAACGUUUAUUGAAUAUUGUAGCAAACUCUCUUUAUUCUGAAAAAGAAAUCUUUGUUCGUGAGUUAAUCUCUAAUGCAGCCGAUGCUCUUGAAAAAUUACGCCAUACUCAAUCCAUGGAAAAUUUGGAUACUGACAAACCUCUUGAAAUUCGUAUCUCGCUUGAUCAAGAUAAACGACAAUUUGUUAUUCAAGAUUAUGGUAUUGGUAUGACUUUGGAUGAAUUGAAUGAAAAUCUAGGUACCAUUGCACGAUCUGGAUCAAAAAGCUUUUUGGAAAAAUUGGAAAAAGAUGGUGGUUCUCGUGAAAAUAUCAUUGGUCAAUUCGGUGUUGGUUUCUACUCUACAUUCAUGGUUGGUGAUCGUAUCAAGGUUUAUACUCGUUCUGCUAAACCUGGAUCCAAAGGUUAUUGUUGGACUACUGAUGGUCAAGGAUCUUAUACUGUUGCUGAAGCUGAUAAUGUCUCUGUUGGUACAAAAAUUGUGAUUGAACUUCGUGAAGACUGCAAAUCAUAUGCUUCUCAAUUGGAGAUCGAUUCCAUUAUCAAGAAAUACUCAAACUUUGUCGGAUUUCCUAUCUAUUUGAAUGGUACAGAAGUCAAUACUGUGGAACCCUUAUGGACCAAGAGCAAAAGUGAAGUGACUGAAGAACAACACAAGAAUUUUUACAGAUUUAUUGCCAAUGCUUGGGAUGAUCCUCAAUAUACCAUGCAUUUUAAGACUGAUGCACCUUUAUCUAUCGCUUCAGUUUUAUAUAUUCCUGAACGUCAUAUGGAAAUGCUUGGAGAACGUCAAGAACCUGGUGUAUCUCUUUACUCCCGCAAGGUGUUAAUCCAACCCAAGUCAAAGGGUCUUCUUCCCGAUUAUCUCCGAUUCAUCAAAGGUGUAGUGGAUUCCGAAGAUAUUCCUCUCAAUGUUUCCCGUGAACUUUUGCAAGACAACAUUUUAUCCAAACUUCGAAUGGUGAUGACCUCACGAGUACUCAAGUGGUUGGAUGGUGAAGCCAAGAAAGAUCCCAAGAAAUACAAUGAAUUCUUUAUGGACUUUGGACAAUUCAUCAAGGAAGGUGCUUGUACCGAUGCCAUGAACAAGCGUGAUAUUGCCAAGUUGUUACGUUUUGAAAGUUCCACUACUAAUGCAGGUGAUAUGACGAGUUUGGAAGAAUACAACAAUCGCAAAUUGGAUAAACAAGAAUCCAUCUAUUAUCUAUUGACUCCCAAGCGAAAAUAUGCUGAAGAGUCCCCUUACACCGAAAUGUUCAAGAAGAAAGGUGUGGAAUUACUUUAUCUUUAUGAUACCGUGGAUGAAUUUGUCGUUAACCAUCUCAGUGAAUUCCAAGGCAUCAAACUCGUAGCUGCUGAUUCUCCUGAAGCGGCUUCUGAUCCAUUAUUACAACAAGAUCGAUCUUCCUCUUCUGAUGAUGGCUUCUUAAGUGAAAAUGAUGCAAAAGAUUUGGCCAAAUGGAUGGAAAUUACCUUGGGUCCUGAUUCUGUGAAAAAAGUGGAUGUCUCUCGUCGUCUUGAUAAAUUUCCUGCUAUUGUUUUGGAACAUGAAAGUCCUGCUAUGAGAAAAAUGAUGCAAAUGAUGCAAGGAUCUGCGAAAAUGGAUGAAGUUCCUCCUUCUCCUGCUAGAUUGGAAAUUAACCCUGAUCAUGCUGUUAUGAGAGGAUUAUAUCAAAUUCGACAAAGUAACCCUGAAUUGGCCAAAAUGGUAGCUGAACAGGUGUACGAUAAUGCUUUAUGUGCAGCUGGUGUGUUGGAUGAUCCUCGAUCAAUGAUCUCUAGAUUAAAUAGUUUAUUGGAAAUCAGCGUCAACAAAUCGAUUGAACAAGAAAAGAAGGUGGCAUCUGCCUGAAAUGGAACAAACGUUUGCAUUGAAUGAUAGAUGAUGAUCAUAGAAUAGAUUUUUUUUUUUUUUUAGUUUAGUAUUAUGUAUAAGUUGAAAAAAUUACCUCCAAAUAAAAGAAAUGAAAGAAC